AUGAUGCUUUCGGCAACUGAUAUCGUGAGGCGGCGGCGAAUGCGUAAACCGGAGGAAAUAUCGACAAUCAUCAUUGGAAUAUCCUACCCAUUGACACAGUCUGUUUACAGCCCUCGUCGCAGCCAUGAUCUAACUCCCCCCUGCGAGAACUAUGACUCGCCGAAACGCCCGGACGGGAAGCCCAACCUUCAGGAAUAUGGAGGUGCAGACGCUUUCCUCCAAUUCAUAACGAGCACUGUUCAUCAUUUUGUGUUUUCGUCGAUAUUCCCUCGCAUAUCUGUCCGCCAGACUGCUUUAUUUGGACACUCUUUUGGGGCACUGUUUGCCCUCCAUGCGUUCUAUACGGCCCCCGCAAGUUUCGACGCCUAUCUUGCUGCAAGUCCGUCUAUCUGGUGGAACGAUGGAUUCCUGCUGCAGGAGGAAGAGCAAUUCUACAACAUGCCAGAAUCACAUCACCAGCCGAGAGUUUGGAUGGCAUAUGGAUCACUUGAGCAGUCUCCUAUACCUCAGAAAAACCAGUCCUUGGAGGAAUAUGAAAAGCGGUUGGCAAUAGCCAAGGAACGUCUAAUGGGGGAUAACUGCGACCAGAUGUUUGUUCGACUUCUGCAGAGUGGACGGGUACGGUCAGUCGUGCGAAGAAAAUAUGAUGAUGAAGACCAUGGCAGUGUCAUUGCUGCGGCACUGAGCGGAGCUAUCUUCUAUUUCCUUGAUCAAGGAGAUGAAGAAGAAUGA